GCUUUAUAUUAUAUUUGAAAUAUGUACAGAUUUAUAUGUUAGAAGUAUAUAUAUGAUGCCAAUACGUUUCUUUACAGCUUCAAUCAGUUUCAGUUUCCACCAAUAUUGACUAACAUGGAAGUUACACAUCCCGACCCGGCCCAGGAUCCAGAAACCCGAUACGAUCCACGUUGCUGCUCCUGUUUCCCCACCUUCCGAUCAAAAACCUCCCCCGCCGUCUGGGGACGAAUCCGCACCCUCGACGAUAAUAACAACCACAACAAUCACAUCCCCGACGAGCCACGGUGGUGGAAACGCGCGGCUCUCAAGCUCCGAGAGUGGUCGGAGAUCGUGGCUGGUCCACGGUGGAAGACGUUCAUCCGGCGUUUCAACCGCGAUCCGCGUCGCGGUCGCGAUUGGGACGCGGGGGAGAAGUUUCAGUACGAUCCGUUGAGUUACUCUCUGAACUUCGACGAUGAUGAUGAGGACGAUGAGUACGUUGGGGUGGGAGGUUACAGAAGCUUCUCGACGCGGUACGCUAACGUUCCGUUACAGUCUGGUAAAUCUCCGGCGAUUGCGAUUUCUCCGCCGUUGGAUUCUUCGUCAAACGCGUAAAGAGAAACGCGUUUGCGUUUACCUUGUCAAAGAUGGUUGACUGUUUACGUUUUUUUUUUUUUGUUAUUAUAUUUUGUGAUAAUUAUUAAAAAUACGAUCAACUAUCAAUUAUUUGUUUAUUAAUUAAUCAUCGAUUUUUGUUUUAAUACGUUUUCUGGGGGAGAUAAUGAUGUAAUUAGCUGUACAGCAUAUUUGGAGAAGU